UCACUCUCGAACAGAGCAUUUCUCAGUUUUAAACUACCGCCCCUUCAAGAUGGUAAAAAGUUGCCUGAUCUUGUGCUUUUUCGCUCUCCUGUUCAUCCAGGUUCGGAGUGAUGCAGCCGACGAUCAAGAACAUGCCCAACAUCCCCGUUUGCAAUCAUCACGCGACUACGAGGCCCUCGACGAGGAACUGGACACACGGUUCUGGCACGAUAAAGCCCAAUCGAUUCUAGCCGAUAAGCUGGCCACCCAUAAGAAACUGAACGAAAAUCGUGCCAAGAACGUGAUCCUAUUUUUGGGCGAUGGAAUGUCAAUCCAUACGAUAGCGGCAACACGUGCCUUUAUGGGCGAUAGUAACAAGCAGGUCUACUUCGAGACAUUCCCCUACUUGGGUCUGUCCAAAACCUAUGCUGUAAAUGAACGUACUCCGGACUCGGCCAAUACAGCUACGGCCUAUUUAACUGGAGUCAAGGCCAACUACGGUACCCUUGGAGUGAAUGCAAAGGUGCAAAGGGGCGAUUGUGUGACCAACUCGAGUAACCAUGUCCAGAGUAUUGGUCAGUGGGCCCAGGAGGCCGGAAAGUGGGCUGGUGUGGUGACCACCGCACGAGUGACACAUGCUUCGCCAGCCGGAGUUUAUGCCCACGUUGCUGAAAGGGAAUGGGAACACGAUGGUGAGAUAAUCAACUCCAAUUGCAGUCCCGAUAUCAACACGGACGUUGCCCGCCAGCUAGUGGAGUGGCCAGUGGGUCAGGAACUUCGCGUAAUUCUGGGUGGUGGUCGAUCCAAUUUCCGGGAUCAGUCCCAGCCAGAUGAGACCGGUGUUGCGGGUCUGCGAACCGAUGGUCGUGAUCUGGUCAAGGAAUGGCAAGAGAUCAAGAAACAACAGGGAGCGGAGGGAAAGUAUGUCUGGUCACUCAAGGGUCUGAAGGACACCGAUAUCAGCAAAACGGAUUAUCUUCUGGGACUCUUUGACACAUCUCACAUGCCUUAUCAUGGGGAUCGUGGUCGAACCCAUUACGAAAAUGCUAUUCCAUCCCUUUCUGAAAUGACAGAAGCAGCCAUCAAUUUGCUCAGUAAGAACGACGAAGGUUAUUUCCUGUUUGUCGAGAGUGGUCGGAUAGAUAUGGCCCAUCAUGCCACGAAGGCAAAGAAGGCUAUGGAGGAUACCCAAGAAUUCGCGGCAGCCGUGGAACUGGCAAGGAAAAUGACCAGCGAGGAGGAUACUCUGAUCGUGGUGACUUCGGAUCACUCUCACACCAUGUCUAUCAACGGCUAUCCGUACCGCCGUCAGAACAUCCUUUCCCUGGCUCCCAACGUGGCUGAUGAUGACCUGCCUUUCACCAUCUUGUCCUAUGCCAACGGUCCGGGAUUCAUUGACACCUACAGCUCUGAGACUGGACGCAUUGAUCUUUCCCAUGUGGACACUACAAACGAGGAGUUUGCUCUCCAGGCCACGGUUCCUUUGAGUAGUGAGACCCAUGGCGCCGAGGAUGUGGGGGUCUUCGCUUCUGGUCCCUUUGAGCAUCUGUUCACUGGCAACUACGAGCAAAGUUCCAUUCCCGCCAUGAUGGCCUAUGCGGCCAACAUCGGACCUUUUGCCAAGGAAAAACUUAAUGAAUAAUAAAGUGCCGAUCAAAGUACCAUA